AUGUCCUUAAGUUCAAUAAUAGCAGGCGCCUUUUAUGGAAUAUAUAGCUUGUUUAUACUUGCGCUUGGUUUCUCGGGAAGUACCUCAUUCAUAGGCUUAAUAAAAUUAAAAACAUUAAAAGAAAUUUACCUGUCCGGAGGAAGGAGUUUAUAUCGAAUGGAAUUGGAAAAAAUUGAUUUAAAUCAAAAAAAAAUUGGGUUAUUUAGUUCAAUUAUGUGGAUCUUUUAUUCAUUAGCAUCAAUGAUUUCAAGCAUAGUAGGAAUAAUUUAUAGAAAAGUUGUAAUUGUAGAUUCUACAAUGUCAUCACUUGACCCAUCAAAUACAACUGCAUUAACAUCCUCAACUUUAACAACAAUAAGAAUUAUUAAAUCAGAUUAUAUAUCAACUAUUAUAAUAACAUCAUUAGCAAUAAUAAUUUAUUUAUAUGUUGGAGUUUAUUUAUUUGGAUUAUCUAAAGUUAAACAUUCUUUAGCAAUCAGACAAGGUUCUAUUUGUUCUUUUAUGUUUACUUCCAUGUGUAUAGUACCAUUAAUCAGUACUAUUUAUAUUGAAUUAAAUCAUGAUAGAAGAAUAGGCGAGUUUGUUUGUAUCCUUAUGUUGGGUUUUACUUAUUCAAUUUACGCUGAAAGAAUAAUGUAUUUGUCUAUUGGAAGAAGUUUUUCAUUUAAACGAUUCAGGUCUUUAAUAUAA